AUGGAUCUUGAAUCUUACGGUGUCUAUUUGUUCCUGGAUCUGGCAUCUUACGGUGUCCAUUUGCUCCUGGAUCUUGCAUCUUACGGUGUCCGUUUGUUCCUGGAUCUUGCAUCUUACGGCGUCCGUUUGUUCCUGGAUCUUGCAUUGUACUGUGUCCAUUUGUUCCUAGAUCUUGCAUCUUACGGUGUCCAUUUGUUCCUGGAUCUUGCAUCUUACGGUGUCCAUUUGUUCCUGGAUUUAGCAUCUUAUGUUGUUCAUUUGUGCCUGGAUCUUGCAUCGUACUGUGUCCAUUUCUUCCUGGAUCUUGCAUCUUACGGUGUCCAUUUGUUACUGGAUCUUGCAUCUUACUGUGUCCGUUUGUUCCUGGAUUUAGCAUCUUAUGGUGUUCAUUUGUUCCUGGUUCGUGCAUCGUACUGUGUCCAUUUGUUCCUGGAUCUGGCAUCUUACGGUGUCCGUUUGUUCAUGGAUCUUGCAUCUUACGGUGUCCGUUUGUUCCUGGAUCUUGCAUCGUACUGUGUCCAUUUGUUCCUGGAUCUUGCAUCUUAA